AUGUCGAACACGUCAACAACUAACAAUGAUAAUAGUCAAAAGACAGCCGAGCCUACUUUGACUUCACCCUCUCAACCUUCUCAAACUUCCUCCACCGUGGAGCAAGUCCCUGGGAAUAUUUCUUCAACAACACGUGACCCCACUUCCCACUUACCAAAUACACCAAUCGUUGAAACGAUUGAUGAAAUGGAAAUAGAGGUUACCAAUCAAAAUGAAACACAACAACUUGCAGAAGGAUCUACGUCCAUUAAUGGCAAUCCAUCACUAAUGGAGGAAAUUCCCAUGAUCGACAACAUAUUUUCAGCCUCAAACACACAAAUACAAACUUCUUUUGAAGGAUUUAUCCCACGAGAUAGUUUUCCACCAAAACUUACAGACAAAGAAAUUCUACAAAAACUUAACACCAUCUUUAUCGGAGACAAAGACUUUAUCAAAGUCAGAUCUUUGAAAAAAAUGACGUUUAAAUUUUAUAUGAUAUCUGUGUCGACUAAGGAGAAAUUGUCACACCUUAUCAAAACGUCACCUCCAACCCUUCCCAAUGUUAAAAUUUAUGAAUAUACACAACAAAAUAUUGAUACUCUAAUUGAACGCAAACUCCAAUUACAAGAUGACACUAUCAUCAAAAUAUUAGAUAUCCCUAUCAACUACGACGCCAUGUUAUUGAUAAAACAAAUAACUGACGCAACGGGAAAACGAAUCACCACUUACAAAGAAAUCAAAAAACCGCCUCAAAGAAUCCAAAACCGCAACAAUAAUGAUAAACCUAUUUUUAUCAGACCAAUUUAUAAACAAUUGAUAAUCAGCUUUGAGGACAAGGCUGCAGCAGAUUACUUAUUAGAACAAGACUGGUGCUUAGCCAUUGAGGACUCAAACGCUUUUAUAUACGUCCACCCAAACGAUAUUAAAAAAGAUUAUACCACUAUUACGGGUACAAAAUUUGACAAAAAUGAACGCAAAAUAUUCAAAAGACGUUUCAUCACACGUAACAAAGAUCGUAUACUCGUCAAUGAAACAACCAGACAAACUUACAACCAUGUUAUAAGACUCUCCAAAGAUAAUCCUGGUAACUCGAACGGACGAUCUCGUCCCCAUCCGAACACACGAGGCAAACAAAAACAAACAUAUAACAACACUACGCCUCACCCAGAUAGGACAUAUCAGAGACCUACGUCGUCCUGGUCCCAACAACAACUGCCCCAAGAAAUCCUAGAUAAAAUUGCACUUAUGGAACAACAAAUUACUACCUUAACAAAUCACGUUAACGUAUUACAGGGUUCCCACCAAACGUUCACAGAGCAAUACUCCUCGCACCACCAACAACUAACCACAAUUGACACUAACAUAGCGUUGCUUACACAUAGACAAGAUAGUCUUGAAAAUCAACAUAAAACCUUAAUGACCCAGAUGCAAACGCUCAUUAACACUCUACAAGCAUCACAAACCCCACCCACCCGACAACAACCAGCUAGGAAAGCCAAACGUACUAGUACCCCAUAUGAAAAGACCCCUUUGAAGGAUGUUAAAAAACGAUUCAUCCAACCAUCUACUGAAUCGGUUAUGACUGAUAGUGAUGCACUCCCACUGUCAGAUGAAUAUUACACGGAAUCUGGAGAUAUCUCCGAUACAGGCACCAUUGAAAAUACAUAUGAAGCACCCGAACAAGAUAUUUCAGGACAAUCGAGCUUCAUCCUCAACCCAUUUAACUGGGGCAAUAAACCUCAGGUUUAA